AUGUCUACACCAUCAUCAGAAAGAGAUAGUAGUGGCCAACGUCGGUUCUCUGGCUGCUCAAAUAUCCGUGAUUUUGAAUUUAUCGGAAAGCUUGGAGAGGGAACAUUUGGUGAGGUCUACAAAGCAAGAUCAAAGAAAGACAAUGCAGUGGUGGCUCUGAAGAAGAUUCUCAUGCACCAUGAGAAGGAGGGGUUUCCAAUUACUGCGAUCCGCGAAAUCAAGAUCCUAAAAAUACUUUCUCAUCCCAAUGUCCUUCAACUCAAAGAGGUGGCUUUGGAACGAAAGGGAGAGGGACGGAAGAAGCCUAGUGUGUAUAUGGUAACCCCAUAUAUGGAGCAUGAUCUUUCUGGUCUUCUAGAAAACCCAUCGGUCCAAUUCACUGAACCACAAAUCAAGUGCUACUUGAUGCAACUUCUGGAAGGUCUUCGAUACCUUCAUGCGAACAGCAUUUUACACCGUGAUAUGAAGGCUGCGAAUCUUUUAAUCAGCAAUGGAGGUAUUCUUCAGAUUGCCGACUUUGGUCUUGCUCGACCUUUCGAUGAACCCCCUCCACAGGCUGGAAAGGGUGGUGGAGAAGCAAAAAGGGAAUACACAGCACUCGUGGUCACACGGUGGUACCGUCCCCCAGAGUUGUUACUCUCCCUGCGGAAAUAUACAACAGCUGUUGAUCUGUGGGGUGUUGGGUGUGUUUUUGGUGAAAUGUUCAAAGGAAAACCUAUCCUUUCAGGAAAUAGCGAUCUCAACCAAGCGCAGCUCAUUUUCCAACUUGUGGGUACUCCCACCGAGGAGAACAUGCCUGGAUGGAGCGCUUUGCCAGGCUGUGAAGGUGUGAAGAGCUUUGGAAACAAGCGCGGAAACCUCUCAGAGGUCUUCAGAGAACAAGGCCCUAUCGCUAUCUCUCUGCUCACCGAGCUCCUUAAGCUCGAUUGGCGAAAGCGUGUCAAUGCCAUUGAUGCUCUGAAACACCCCUACUUCACCACACCACCACUCCCAGCUCGCCCUGGCGAAAUCCCCUCCUUCCAAGAUUCUCAUGAACUGGAUCGAAAGAAAUUCCGCAGCCAGCGAGUACCUCAGCCUCCAGCCCCUGGAGGUGGAGCUGCAGACAGCGCCUCCAACGGAGGCUGGGCCAGCUCAGGCCCUCGGCCCGAUUCUCGAAGCAGAAUUCCCGGUGCUGCACGGGGUGGUCGCCCCAAUACCUCUGGGCCACCAGGAAAUAAUCAACAACGACGCGGAAUCUUCCCCCAAUCUCAACAACGAGACAAUGGUCUCCCACCCCGACCUCCUGUAUCUACCCAUCAACAGCAGUGGGAUGGUAACCAAGCUGGCCGCGAUGGUCGAGAUGAUUCACGACGAGAUCGAUUUAACCAACCCCGCCAGGGAGGUGGCGGUGGCGGUGGUGGAGGUGGAGGUGGAAAUCGAUUCUCUAGUAACGUUGACUCUUACGUACCGAACUAUGGCAACGCACCUGACAACUCCCAUGCUAAUGCGGAAAGGCGUGGACAAGGUCGCCGCGAUUACCAUCGUGAACCUCAGCGCAGAAGAAGUCGAAGCCCUGGUUUUCGUGGAUCGGCGUAA